AGCAGGAGAGUUGGAACCAGGCCAGCAAGCAGGAACAGGGUGACAGCCAAGAUUCUUGAGUGUCCUGAGCUUGGAAUACAGUUUGGAGAGGAGGAACACAUGGUUUCAUGGUUGGACCCUGACCUGAGAGACCAGGGCUCGAAUCCCCACCCAGCUGUUAAGCUCACUGGGUGACCUUGGGCCAGUCACUGCCUCACACUGCCUUAAAUAACCUUCCUCACAGGGUUGUUGUGAGGAUAAAAAUGGAGAGGGGGAACUAUGUAUGCCUCCUUGAGCUCCUUGGAGGAAAGUUCCUGAAACCGGUCCAGUAUGGACACUGGACAUUAUCUGCAGAGGAUCGGGUACCGGGGCCCCACCCAGCCUUCCCUGGAGACCUUGUGCCAUCUCCACCCUUGCCACCUCCUCUCUGUGCCCUUUGAGAGCCUCGGCAUCCAUUGCAAGGAGCUCAUUGUCCUGGACUUGCCCCUUCUCUACGACAAGAUCAUCCGGCGCCAUCGGGGAGGCUUCUGUUUCGAGCUGAACGGCCUUUUCCUGUGGCUACUGCAGGUGUUAGGAUUUGAUGCCAAAGCUGUGGCUGGGCGUGUCCGGAACCGUUUCACGGGGCGUUAUGGUCCCCCGUUGGACCACAUGGUGAUUUUGGUGCAGCUGGAUGGGCAACGGCUGCUCUGCGACGUUGGCUUUGGUGAAGGUUUUAUGGAGCCGUUAGAAUUGAAGCUCGCAACGGAGCAAGUCCAGGAAGGGGGGACUAAGCAGAAGGGCUUGCAGAAUCUCACCAAAGGUAUCCGUGAGCAGCCUUUCCCUGGCUGGGCCCCAGCAACUGGCAGUCUGCAGGAGGUGUUGCGGCAGCCUGAAUACUAUCCAUAUGGAGAUGCACCAAUGUUCGAGGGCACCUUUGUGCAGGUAACCAAGAGGGGUGAAUACGUUGGCAUCCACGACCAGCCCAAUGUAAUCACCAUGGGUGUUUUAGCCAGCAGCCCAUCUCUACUACUUCCUGACCAGAUGAUCAUGGCCCAAGUAAAGAAAGGUGUCAAAAUCACAAAGGCAAAGGUGAAAGACCUGGAGAUCACUCGGUUGAUCCCUCUACACCUGGUGAAGAUUUUUGUGCAUAACGUGGAUGAGCGACAGCUGAAAGUAAAGUUGGCAACAGGGCAAAUAUAUUAUCUGCAACUCUGUGCCCCCAAAGGGGAUGAGAACUUCCUCUUUGAGCGCUGGAUUCGCCUUGCUUACAUGUUGCACGAGGCCAGCGGCAGGAUCAGUGCUCCAGUCAGCUUCACCUCGAAGGAAUCGGGGCUUCACACGAUACGGACGAGUGCUAGGUUGCGUGCUACAUCUGAGAAGAUUUUCCCCAGAAAGGGUGAGUCUGAAUUAAAUAGGGAAGAAAGACAGGCUGAUGUUUCAGUGGCUGCUGGACCUUCUGAAGUGGGUGCCAAGUCAAUGGCAGCUGGCCCAUCCAGACCAACCAGUCAGCCAGCUCAAAUGACUUCUGAGAAACCUGCAGCCGCAGUUGCUCCUUCUGAGCCAGGGAGUCGGGGCCAGGAAAGUGCCGCACAUUCACAGACAGCAAAUGUGAAAUCCCAGGAGCCUAGCAAGGCACAGAGUACCAGGCCACAGACGCCUUCAAGCCGCUCCCCAAAGAAGGGGCGCUCCACUUCUUGGAGCCCAUCACGGAAGGAAAAGAAGUCUGGGCUACAAGUCCACAGGACAACAGCAUCAGUAGCAGUGGGGCCUUCUCAACAAGGCUGGAAGACUGUGGGUGUGGGGCCCUCCAUGGUGGUUGGCCUGAUUACAAGCAGGCCCCAGAGUGGAGCACUGGGAACAGAUAAAGAAAGUAAAGAACUAGCCAAGCAGAUCCAGCCAAGCAGUGCUGCAGGGAAACAGGAACCCCCCAGGUAUGCUGGCUGGGAGAACCAAGUGGCAGAUGUUCAGGGUGAGAAGUACAGUCUCAGCAAUCUGGGUUGGGCAAGAUAA